GUUCUGAUUGGUCAGGGCAGGCCACCUGAAAUACUUAUAAACCUUUCACAGGGUGAUAGAUGCAAUAGAGCUGUUCAAUAUGAUGGCUGUUUGGGUUGCUUCAGGGGCCUUGCUCCUUGUUAUGCUGAUUGGUACAAGUUACAGCUACCCUGUAAAACAAGGUUUUGAUCCUAGUUCCACCUAUGGCAGCAGUUAUGAUGCAAAGCCUGCUUCUACUGGCUCUUACUUGGAAGUGGCUUCAUCUGGAUCUGCCUCUGUUGCUCCUGGGGCUGGCUUGAAAAGUGUCUCAAAUCCAGCUCGUCCUUACACUGCUACACACAGAAAACCUAGUUACCCACAGCCCAGUGUUAAAGAACCAGCAGCAGCUUCUUAUGGCUCUACUACUUUUGCUGCACCUGUGUAUUCAGGCUAUGCUAGCAGCCACCUUGCAGGCUCAACUCAUCCAAGUUCUUCUCAGCCCACCUUCAACCAAGACAUCCCCUGGACUGUUGGCCCUUCCAGUCACUUUUCAAGAAGACCUAGUUCUCACAGCUCUGUCUCCAGUAUAGCUGAGCCUGAACCGCUUGGCCCCGUAAACGUGAGUCCACCUGUUCCUCAGUACCAGGCGGGUGAAUUGUCUCAAGUUGAGGAGGUCUUUGAGCAAGGAAACUAUGAAUCUGAGAUGGAAGAGCAAAGUCUUCAGGCAGCACCUCCUGUUGCUCAAACUCUGACUGGAAGAAUCUCUACCAGUGAAUCAGCGCCACCAGGCCUUAGCAGAAGUUGGCUCGGGUAUCCUUAUGACUACAUGUUCCUGACUGGCCAGUAUCCCCCAGGCACAGUCACUCACUUCAGUGAAAGCUCUGAGCAGGGGGAGGACCACUGGCAAGAUGAUGUCUACACAAGAGCCUACCUUCCUGCCAGUACUGGGGAGGUUGAGACUUCCCCUGCUGAUUUUGCUGCUCCACAGCAUGUGACGCAGCCUAUGCAUCCUGUAAAGCAAAGUACAGGCAGCACUAGCUAUGGUCAAAGUGGUGUAGCAGUUGGCUAUGACUGGCAAUCUGGAGCAGCUGGUCUACAAGGUCCUUACUCUGAACAACCACAUUGGCUCAACCCAGCAGGUGGUUAUGGACCAAGCAAGGUGGGAUACUGAACCUCUGUACUUUUUCUGAUUUCAAUAAAUCUUAAAUGAGAA